GUAGGCGUGCCGUGACUGUUGAAAGGGAAGAAGCGCUGCUGGCGAUCUCAAUUUCUUCUUGUCUCACGGCUGUAUCAUGAUCCUGGCUGUCUCUACUCUGCCGUCAUGAGAGCCGUGGCCCAGAACGGCGCUGUCAGACGCCAACUUGGAGCAUCAUAUCUGCGGCGGCAUCUCUCAACGACAUCCGGCCAUUGGCGGGCUUUUCCUCCCAAGACACAGGCCGUGAAGCAAAAACCGACAGUAAACAAGGGAAGUUUGGCCGCCGCGCUCUCAAAGUUGCCCUCAAAGCCUCUGCCUCACUCCCGAGUUGAUUCAGUUAGCCAUGGCCACGACCCCAACACGAGGCUGCGGCUUGACUUUGGCAAAUAUUCUGGACGCCACAAACUCUUUCGCUCUACCGUCCUUCAUCGCUUUCAACUGGUUCUGAACAAGCUGGGGGCAGCACGGGUUGGCGUCACCUUCAGUGAAGAUGAGCUGAGUCGCCACGCGGCCGUCUUUAUGGAUGCCAUUGACCAUGCAUUUUCUCUGGCAGAAAAGGGAAUCACUCGCCGUGAUAAGAAUCCUCUGUUUUGGAAUCUGCGCGAUGCGUUUGUUUCCGGAGAUAUCAAGGGCCUCACCAAAGAGGUCCACUAUUCCUUUCAGUCCUUCAUUUUCGGCCAGCGCUUCUCCAAGAACAUUGAGGAUAGCCACAAGCGCCUGCUAGACUUUCGAUUCCCCUACGAGUGGUUUCCUGCGACGCGGACGAUGCAGCGCACCAUCCAUGUCCACGUUGGGCCUACCAACUCUGGCAAGACGUACAAUGCGCUCAAGGCGCUUGAGAACUCCAAGUGUGGAGUCUACGCUGGCCCCCUUCGACUUCUCGCCACUGAAGUCUACCAGCGCUUCAAGGCAAAGAAUAUCCCCUGCGCUCUCAUUACAGGCGAAGAAGUGCGCAUCCCUGAAAACACAGACCAGUACUUUUCGAGCUGCACGGUUGAGAUGAUUCCGCUAAACACCCGCUUCGACGUCGCCGUUAUUGACGAGAUCCAAAUGAUUGCUGACGCUGAUCGUGGAAAUGCCUGGACCGCAGCCGUGCUGGGUGUACAGGCUAAAGAGGUUCACGUUUGCGGCGAAGAGCGGGCUGUAAAGGUUAUACAACAAAUGUGCGCCAGCAUUGGUGACAAGUGUGUUGUUCAUCGCUAUGAGCGUUUGAGUCCUCUCAAGACAAUGGACAAGGCACUUGACAACGACUACGGCCUGCUGCAGAAGGGAGAUGCGAUUGUCGGAUUUAGCCGUGUGAAUCUCCAUGCUUUGAAAAAAAGCAUAGAGCUGAAGACAGGACGGCGUUGUGCAAUCAUCUACGGAUCCUUGCCCCCAGAGGUUCGGGCCCAGCAAGCAGCUUUAUUCAAUGACCCUGACAACGACUAUGAUUUUGUUGUUGCUAGCGAUGCGAUUGGCAUGGGAUUAAAUCUUGAAAUUCGCCGUGUCAUUAUGGAGUCUGUCACGAAAUUUGACGGCAGUCAAAAUCGGCUACUGACUUUCCCUGAAAUCAAGCAGAUUGGCGGCCGAGCAGGACGUUAUAGAUCAGCCCAGAAUCCCGAUGGCUCGACGGAUGAAUCGGGGAAAGUCGGUCUCGUCACCACCAUGGAACGGGCUGAUUUGCGGAGUGUACAAAGAGCAUUUCAGAGAACUGUGGAGGACAUUCAGGCAGCCUGCAUCCAGCCUCCUGCAGGCAUCGUGGAGCGAUUUGCUUCAUAUUUUCCCCCAGAUACUCCUUUAUCCUAUAUUCUCAAAAGAAUCCAAGAAACGGCAACAGUCAGCUCGUUGUACAAGAUGGGCCUCGGAUCCGAUAUCUUGGAAAUCGCAGACAUUAUUCAGGAUAUCCCGCUUACGAUUCACGACAGGCUAACCUUCUGCUACUUACCUGUUGCGCUCCGUGCUGAGCGAGCUGUGGAUGUUCUCCGAGCUCUGGCCAAGGUCGUAGCCACGAACUCAAAGGGUGAUCUUCUCGACAUUGAGGAAAUACCAUUGGAAUUCCUAGAUACGAACCCAGAAGACUUUCAUGGGUCCGGCCAGCAAUACCUUUCCAAGUUGGAAUCACUGCACGUCGCCUUGAACCAAUACGUGUGGCUCUCUUAUCGCUACUCUGGCAUGUUCCGCAGCCAAGCUCUGGCUUUCCAUGUGCGGACAUUGGUUGAGGAAAAGCUCAUGAAGACGCUGGAGUGGCUGAACUACAGCGACGAACAGCUAGAGCGGAAGCGAGAGAGCAAGCGCCAGCAGGUCAAGUCUCGCAACGCGAGCAGAUCUGCGAUUGGUGAAGGAGAUGUAGAAGAGGCGGAGCACCACCCGGAUGAUGAUUUGGUGAUUGAUGAAGUGCCUGAGGGGGCAAAACAAGGACUGCCCGCUGCAUGAUGGAAUACCAGCCUACAUACUGCCCAUCACUUUUUAUUUUUUUUUAUUCCAUUUUAGCCAUGUAUCCCCUACUUUCCUCUAUAUUUUGGGUAAUGAUUAGACUUGGAGUGUGGGAUUAGUUUGGAAUUUUACCAGGAUAUGAUGCCUUUGUAUGGGAAAACAGGAAAAGCAACUUAGAGCACCAAAGCACUGUACGAUAAAUAUGAUUGUAGGGAGGCAACAGAAAGAUUGUAUGAAUAGUAUGAAUAUACCCUAGACAGGGACUGCAUUAC